AUGUCUGCAGGAGCAAUUAUACUACAAUUUUCAAAUCUGGUCAAGCACUCAGAAUCGCUAGGUCCCAAAUUGUCUAAGAUUCGUCCAAGCAAAGACCAAUUGAAUGAAAUUCGAAGUCUGUGCAUGAAGCUGAGAGAGGCUACAGCAAACAUAGAAAGACAUGUUGAACAUGUAUUGCAGAGAGCUUCUCCAAGUGAGAAAGAACUGGGCCUUCUAAACCGUCUUCGAUCCUCUAAACCUGUCGAUCUAUUGGAUCCAUUGCUGCUCAGGAGAAAUCUUAUCCUUAUAUUUCGAGGACCAGACAUGUCGGUAUUUGACUCCGACAAGGUGAAAUCGAGGAGGGAAAAAACUCGAGCUCGAUGCGAAAAGCUUCGCACGCAGAACCCUGCUUUGAUCCUGAGAUGGUCAAUCACCUUUCAGCCUUCUACAUGGAACGGACCUACAGUUAUGACGGAUAAGACUAUUGAUUUUCUUAUUAGCGAAAUGGAAAUGGAAAAAUUCAGUCAAAUAUCUCCUCAGAUCGUGGAUAUUCUACAAUGUCUGGUGCAGGAAGAACCUUUGAAGAGUUGCGAGUCAUUCCAACAAUUUGUUCAACAAACAAUCAAAGGAUCGAGCACGGACAAGGAGCCAGGUGCUGCGACACCUGAACAAAUGAUAACGGCCGAGCAACAACAACAAAAUGUGGUGCUACCUAAGAGGAAGCAUACAGAAGAAAGUAUGGUAACUAGAGAGAGCUUCCGGGAAGGGGAUAGACAAGAAAAAAUAAAGCUGAUAAAGCGAAGUAAUGAAAUCGACUACAAAGGAUCAUCCGUGCCAGCUGAUAACCUUCCACGUCUAAUCCACAGUCUUCCGGUGGCCAUGAGCAGUAGCAAGCAGUGGAAAUGGGAGCGACAAUUCUUCCGAGACAAUGUUACGAGAUCGGAAGGCGUCGUCGACAGAACCGAUUGUCUGAGUAUAUUUGUCCCCACAGAUCGAAAUCAUGAUGUUUCCGUCACAUUGAUGGUCGGCCACGAAGCUGGAGUCGCUUUGAUAUAUGAGAUCGGGGCACAAAUCAUUCGCGCGUGA